AACAGCCUUAAGAGAUUGAACUGUGACCAACUUCAUGGCGCGAUAAAUUGAAAAACACGGAGAGCAGCGCUCGGUAGAAUUUGUGAUUGGAGUUACGGAGGUAUUUACAGUCGUACAGACAAUAUAUUAUGAAAGCAAUGUCUCAUCAUUACGUAGUGACGGCUCACAAACCGACAGCUGUCAAUGCUUGUGUGACCGGUAAUUUCACGUCACCUACUGAUUUGAAUCUGAUACUGGCUAAAAAUGUGCGUUUGGAGAUAUAUCUCGUGACUCCGGAAGGUCUGAGACCUCUGAAAGAAGUUGGGAUCUAUGGUAGAAUAGCUGUCGUAAAAUUCUUUAGACCGCCGCAUGAAAAAAAGGACCUUCUGUUUUUAUUGACGACACGAUACAAUGCUAUGAUUCUGGAAUGCAUUGGCGAAGGAGAAGAUAUAGAAAUUAUAACAAAAGCACAUGGGAAUGUCGCAGAUCGUAUUGGAAAGGCUUCUGAAACUGGCAUUAAAGCUGUAAUUGAUCCUAAAGCACGAGUUAUUGGUCUUAGAUUAUAUGAUGGCCUUUUCAAAAUUAUACCUUUGGAUAAGGAUAAUCCGGAACUUAAGGCAUCUUCGAUUCGAAUGGAUGAACAGCAAGUGCAAGAUGUCAAUUUUCUACAUGGGUGUGCUAAUCCUACCUUAAUUUUAAUUCAUCAAGAUAUUAACGGUAGACACGUGAAGACACACGAGAUUUCUUUGAGAGACAAAGAGUUUGUAAAGAUACCAUGGAGACAGGAUAACGUGGAGCGAGAAGCUAUGAUGGUCAUCCCAGUACCUUCUCCUAUGGGUGGUGCAAUAGUGAUAGGACAGGAGAGUAUUUUAUAUCAUGACGGUACGACAUAUAUUGCUGUGGUGCCUCCAAUUAUAAAGCAAAGCACUAUUACCUGCUACGCCAAAGUGGAUAAUCAGGGGCUAAGAUACUUGCUGGGCGAUAUGGCUGGUCAUUUGUUUAUGUUAUUCUUGGAGCAAGAGAAGAAAUCCGAUAGUACACAAGUGGUGAAAGAUUUAAAAGUGGAGCUGCUGGGUGAAAUUAGUAUACCAGAAUGUAUAACUUAUUUGGAUAAUGGCGUGAUAUUUGUCGGCAGCCGCCUCGGUGACUCCCAAUUGAUAAAAUUAAUUACAAAGGCAGAUGAGAAUGGCUCUUAUUGCGUGCCGAUGGAAACUUUUACUAAUCUCGCACCUAUCGUCGAUAUGGCCGUAGUAGAUCUGGAGAGACAGGGUCAGGGACAGAUGGUUACAUGUUCCGGCGCCUUCAAAGAAGGCUCCCUUAGAAUUAUUAGAAACGGCAUCGGCAUCCAAGAGCACGCGAGUAUCGAUUUGCCGGGCAUCAAAGGUAUGUGGGCUCUAAAGGUCGGCGGUGGAAAUUUCGAUAAUACACUGGUCCUGUCAUUCGUUGGCCAGACUAGAAUUCUGACUUUGAACGGCGAGGAGGUCGAAGAGACUGAUAUACCGGGUUUCGUCGCGGACGAGCAAACGUUUCACACGGGCAAUGUUACGAACGAUCUAUUUAUUCAAAUAACUCCAACGUCUGCCAGAUUGAUCUCACACGAGACCAAAACAGUCGUUUCUGAGUGGGAGCCGGAUAAUAAACGAACUAUUAGCGUGGUAGCUUGUAACGGCACGCAAGUUCUUUGUGCCACAGGCAAUGAUUUGUUUUACAUGGAAAUAAUAUGCAAUCAAAUCGUGCCCAAGGGAUUCGCUACUUUGCAGCACGAAGUGGCGUGUCUGGAUAUUUCUCCCUUAGACGGCAUCAGCGAGGCCAAGAUCGUCGCUGUAGGUCUUUGGACGGACAUAUCUGUCCGUAUUUUGACUCUACCUGCUUUAGAGGAGAUCAACAAGGAGCUCCUCGGAGGAGAGAUUAUACCCAGGUCCAUUUUAAUGACCUGCUUCGAGGGUAACACGUACUUGCUUUGCGCACUGGGCGAUGGUAGUAUGUAUUAUUUCACUCUACACAAACAAAAUGGCAUAUUAUCGGAUAAGAAGAAAGUCACUUUAGGAACUCAGCCCACCGUUUUGCGAACCUUCCGUUCUCUGUCCACGACAAAUGUGUUCGCAUGUUCGGACAGACCUACGGUGAUUUAUUCCUCGAAUCAUAAACUCGUUUUCAGCAACGUCAACCUCAAAGAAGUGAAUCACAUGUGCUCAUUGAACGCGGAAUCGUAUCCCGACAGCCUGGCGUUGGCGACAGAUAGUACUGUCACCAUCGGCACUAUUGACGAGAUCCAGAAGCUGCACAUAAGGACAGUGCCGCUCGGGGAAUCUCCACGUAGAAUCGCUUACCAAGAGAGUUCGCAAACCUUCGGUGUGAUUACAAUGCGCGUCGACGUACAGGAGAGCAGCGGCGUGAGCAUCGUCAGACACUCCGCGUCCACCCAGGCUGCUUCUACGUCCAGCAGCAGCCACAUCGCGUCGCACAACAAACCCAGUGGCCAUACGGCCAGCGAGAUCGGCCAGGAGAUCGAGGUUCACAAUCUUCUCAUCAUCGAUCAGCAUACUUUCGAGGUUCUGCAUGCGCACACCUUGAUGCCCACUGAGUACGCGUUAUCGCUGAUCUCAACGAGACUAGGUGAAGAUCCCACUUCGUAUUUUGUAGUCGGUACCGCGUUCGUGAAUCCUGACGAGACUGAACCGAAGAUGGGUAGGAUAUUGUUGUAUCAUUGGAGCGACGGGAAGCUCACGCAAGUUGCGGAGAAGGAAAUCAAGGGAUCGUGUUAUUCUCUGGUCGAAUUCAAUGGAAAACUUUUGGCGAGCAUCAAUAGCACCGUACGCCUAUUCGAGUGGACAGCUGAGAAAGAACUCAGACUUGAAUGUAGCCACUUCAAUAACAUUAUAGCGCUUUAUCUGAAGACUAAAGGUGAUUUUGUUCUGGUGGGAGACCUUAUGAGAUCUUUGACGCUAUUACAAUAUAAAACUAUGGAAGGUAGUUUCGAGGAGAUAGCCAGAGAUUACAAUCCCAAUUGGAUGACUUCCAUCGAGAUAUUAGACGAUGAUACCUUCUUAGGUGCUGAGAAUUGCUUCAAUCUCUUUGUGUGUCAAAAGGAUAGUGCUGCGACUUCCGAGGAUGAAAGACAGCAGAUGCAGGAAGUAGGGCAGUUUCACCUGGGCGACAUGGUUAAUGUUUUUCGACAUGGUUCGUUGGUGAUGCAAAAUUUGGGAGAAUCGAGUACACCUACCCUAGGUUGCGUCCUGUUUGGAACCGUCAGCGGUGCUAUCGGCUUGGUGACACAAAUUCCAUUUGCUUUUUACGAGUUCCUGCGCAAUCUCGAGGAUCGACUGAACAGCGUGAUCAAAAGUGUGGGCAAAGUAGAACACAAUUUCUGGAGAAGUUUCAACACGGAAUUGAAAAUCGAGCAAUGCGAAGGGUUUAUAGACGGUGAUCUGAUAGAAAGUUUUCUCGAUUUGAACCACGAUAAGAUGGCAGAAGUUGCAAUGGGCCUUAUGAUCGAUGACGGCAGUGGUAUGAAGAAAGAAGCAACAGUCGAUGAUCUUGUAAAAGUAGUUGAGGAUCUUACGAGGAUACAUUAAACGAAUAUCAUAUAAAUAAGCGAUAUUUCAAGUCUGUGCAGUCUAUGAGGAUACUAGAAGAGAACAUAAGCGAAGAACGAAAGUGUUUAUACAGUUGUCUUUUUGUUAUCGCUGUGGUACUUGAGAGCAAUAUGUGUGACGUAAGUUUUCUCCUUCUCUCUCUCUCUCUCUCUCUCUCUCUCCCGAUCAACUUCUAGAGAUUUUUUCAUAUGUAUCUGGAAACAAUGCGUGUUAGCGAUAUAUCGUUAGCGAUCUUAAAGUCGCAGGAAAAAUUAGUGUACCCUUUACUUUCAUCUCUGUUGCACCGUUAGCACCCAUGGCAAGCUAUAUUUUUUAGAAUUUGUGCAUAUGACGUAGAAAAUGCAAUUAGGGCAACAUCCGCUAAUAAACUUCAAAACGUGCUCGCAUUUGUAGUACCUUUAUAUCUUUGUAAGAUUGAGUGUAAAUAAAAAUGAUGAUCCAUUUUGAGGUAA